AUGUUCAUGUGUCAGUGGGUCCCACAAUGCGCCGUGCCGAUGGGCCCCAUGACCUACGGUAACUAUCAUACCGCCCCUUCCCAAUACCUGAGUAUGGCAAUGGGCUCGAAUGCCGCCCUGCAAGAAGAGGGCGUCAAGUCCUACAUACAAUGGUUCACCAAUGACGAUCAGACGCGGGACCUCGCCCAUCCUGGUGACAUUCAGAACAUCGUCUCCCUUGCAAAGGACGAAGGCAAACGCAAGAUUAUUCUCGAAGUUCUCAAGAGUCGUCUAGGUCUCGGCUGGCCAUACAACUACCGGGCACUCGACAUCUUGUCAAAUCUUGACCCUACUUAUCUUAUUGGCAUGCUCGACGACAUCAGCAAGUUUGCUAGCCCGGCAGCCGGUGUCUUUGGCGGCGAGCAACUCAAGCUCGUCACGAACACCUUUAUCGACAAGGUCAAGGCGGCCAAGAAGAAGAAGGAAGACGACGAGUUGGCAAAGAAGCACGCCGAAAUGAUGGCGAUGUGGGGUCCGCUGUUCACAAAUGAACCUGCGAAGCCAGUCUACCCCGCUCACUUGUUCUUCCCCCACACAGCGUCGCGACCCGUUCCCUACCCUUACGUUCCGCCAGGCCUCAACUGCCCCCCAGUCACCUGGGCGAACACUGCUCCCGAGGGCUGGACAUCGUGGGUCACGCCAGAGGCGCGCGGAGUGCCCAAGUGCUGCAUGCCGCCCUGGUAA